AUGUAUAUAUUAGCACUAACCCGCCUGUCUAAAUGUGGUUUGUUCUUAUUUGUGGCAUUAGGACUAGCCAGGCGGUUGCAGCUGUCUAAAUUAGUAGACAAGGCGGCUUGGGAUGAAGUUUUGGAACUGCUCCAAACAACGCAAAUCCACGCAUUCGUUGCCGUGACAUCCUAUGGCCAACAGGAUACUAUCAAAGAGUUAGUACUCUUACAGACGCUGAUAGACCACGAGAAGACUGCUAUACUAGAGACGCUUGUGCGUAGACACCCGGCCUUCUGGCAUGAAGCCAACUGCUGCUCUGUGUCUGUGGUACUGGAGUACUUCAAUGCUCGAUCGGACUUCGAUGUGAUGGAAACUCUGCUCAUUAAUGUGGACGCCUCCAGUAGACAGCCGGAAGACCCAGGACCCUGUCUCAAGGGCAAACUCGAGGUGGUGACCACGUACCUGAAAAUAGCCAGAAAUCAGGACAAGACCAGUUCAGAUUUGCCUUUACAGGGAAGCGCAGGUCCCUCUGCGCUCCAUCUUGCUGCCCAAAGCGGUAACGUCCCAGUCAUGCGAACAUUGCUGGUCAAUUUAGCUUCAGUUGACAACAACCGAUGGGUUAGCACCUGCAUGAGCCCCUCACCACGCACACCACUCUCUAUGGCAGCCAAGCAUGGGCAUGUGGAGGCUAUUGAACUGCUUCUCUGGCACAAGGCCAAUUGCGAUGGGGUUGGUCCUGACCAGUACUCCCCGCUACGGUUUGCCGUCACCGGGGGUCACGUGUCGGCCGCCCGUGUGUUGCUUGAGCAAGGCGCUCAGGUUCGUUGGGAGGGUAUGACUUCCCCACUGCAACUAGCUGUUGAGACAAGUGAUCUGGAUAUGGUACAGCUACUGAUUGCGUAUGAGGCCGAUGCUUGCGAGAGAUGGUCAAUUCCGAUGUACAGUGUGCUACAGGAGGCUAUCAAGCUGUGUGGCGAGCAAAACGAGGCCAAAGGUGGGCCCAUAAAUAGUGCCGAAGGUGCACUGGAAGUGAAACCAGAGGACCAAGCCGAACGCAGCCCCGAAGAGAGCGACAGAAUCAGAAUCGUGCGUGUGCUGCUGCAGUGUGGCGCAGACCCCAACAUAGUAGACAAGGAGUCAGGAACGGCACCGUUGCAUACCGCAAUAAAAAAUGUGAACAAUGCAGCCGUCGUGGAGAUGCUCAUCGAUUAUGGGGUCGACAUCAGUGUGCGCAAAAUGAAGGAGGGGCCUACGCCACUGCACAUGGCUGUGCUUAAGCAGAACGCUGCUAUUGUUGAGCUGCUUCUCAGUAACGGAGCGGAUACGAACGCACCAGCGCAUAUGUCGAUCCCCUCUGAGGCGGAGGUAGACCGGCGCCCUGUCAAGUUUGUAGGCACGGCUAUCGAACUUGCCGCGCGCAAUAGGUAUGCGAAUGGCCAGGUUGUGAAGGUCUUCAGAGAGUAUCUGCAGGCAUAUCAGGCGGUGUAUAUAUCUCACGCGCAGAUAGCCGCCUCUACCAGUGGAGUGGACACUUGCUACAUAUGCCGGGGCAAGCGCACCGAGGUGUGUCCGGCAUGUAGAACCACAGACGGGAGGCAUAGCCCACAACAGGCGCUGCUGGAGGGUGUGGAUCAUGGUACAUCGGUUCCCUUAUUAGAGGGUGGGCCGUAUGAUCACGCAGGAAUUAAGCAAGACAACGAGACAGUUGUUGGUGUUGUUGGUGUGAGCGGAAAACGGAAGAAUGCCGAAGUCCACUCCACUGUGGCUGUGGGUGUGGGUGCGGGGGCUACACCCGGCGCCCAGAAUAAGAGGAGGAAGAAAGAGUACAUGAAUAGCCUGGUUACACAGGAACCUGUUUAUAGUACACCGGCUCAAGCUGGUAGUACAGUUGCCCAGGCUAGUACCACGGUUACUCAGGUUGAGAAAGAGACGCAGCAGGACAGGAGAGUCACCAGGACUCAGGUGGAGGACAAGAUCAGUUCGUGCACACUCUCUUGAAGCCCAUGCAUUGGAGUGCGUACCGUUUACAACCACAUACUACGCAGCUGAGUCACGCGCCUGCAACCAGCUCAAGGUUCGAAGAGGUGAAAGAUGGGGGGAUACACUGUCGAGAUGCCAGUUCAUUGAACUGCCUAUCUUGUAUAUCUUGUACGUGCACGUGCGGCGCAACGGAGACACACCUCUGCAGCCAGAUUAGGCUUGGUCUCACACUCGCUUGAUGAGUCGUAUGAGUGCUGCCGCCAUCCCCACUGCGCGUGUACCACACACACACACCCCAGUCUAUUCAUGUACACGGCAGGCUCUGCCGCCGGUGUAGAAGCAGUGCCACCCUACUGCGUGCGACGAGGUUCAAUUGUGUGUGUAGAGGAGGGGACAUCUCUGUGCCAAGCCAAUUGAUGUGAUGGUCUCUGCCUGACAACCCCGUUGUACACCCACUACCCGUCAUAGCUGUCCGUGGGUGCGGCCCAGCCGAGAUUUUGCCGUGCAGGAAGCGCCGCACGCGCGUGGAAAUCGGCCUGAGCCCGGGAGCUGUAUCGCUGUAUAUACGGAUCAGGUAUGUACGUGGAAGAGCACCGCAGUAUCCCUGAGCCGGGUGUGUAUUCAACAAGCACACUCGUGCGACUGUGGUCUAGAGGUCUCUGUGAGGCAUUCAGACGCUGUUUACACUGAGUGUAGGCAACCUAAUGUACCGUGCUUUCGAGCUGGUAGAGCCCCGCACACCGGGACUACAUAUCCAUCCAGGGGUGUUUGAGGAGGAGAAGCCCUCUUGCACAUCAACUUUUAAAUUUAAUGUGCGUCUAGAAGUGCUAAGUAGAGUUGACUGGACGGUCUCGCAGUAUAUAGUUGUUGCCGCUCCCCCAGCACCCAGUACGUUGAUGAACCACCAUUCCGCCCCGAUUGCUUCUGGACCUGUUAGGUGCUGUUCUAGUCGGCUUGAGUUAUUGAACCUGCACUUGGACUACGCUCAAUAAAGGUGGGCACUACAUUUUGGCCG